AUGAAAGUGGUGCCCUUGGUGGUCUACAUCCUCCUCGAGCACUAUUACACCUUCACAGCGGCGAGCUCAGCGCAGACUCCGACAACAAGCAAGACUUCGUUGGUACUUGCAUCGGAUCCGCACUUUCUACGCCGUAUUCGAGCAGAGAUGGCGGCUUCCGAUGCAUAUCCUUGGCUUUGUCGUUGCGGUCGCAGAAACCGCAAGACCAUGGACUACUGCCCAUCAUGCACUCGUCACUGGCGCACUGGAACUCCGAUCGAGCAGAACGAGGACAGGAGCUAUGCUACCUGGAACGAGGACCAGAGUGGCUGGGAGGCUCCAUGGGUACAAUCAGGUUCCUCUCCAAGGCAGAGAACUACGAGUCCAAGGCAGCGACAACCCAAGAAAAAUCGACGCAAGAAGAACAAGCCGCAGAUGGAUGCGGAUGGGCGAACUCAGUCUCGUGGUCGGGGUCAGGCUUCAGCACAACAACCGUUGCCGCCACCUCCGCCACCGUUGCCGGUAGCGCCAAAUUGGGCGCAUUUGCAGAACACAGUUGCGCCCACCGAUCCACCGGCAUCUGUGUCUACACAGGAGGCGCAGCAGCUCAAAGAGUGUGUCGCCCUGCUGAACAAGUACGAAGACGGCCUCCCGCCGGAGGUCCAAUCCUACAUUCAGGGGAUCAAGGCCAAGGAUGUCAAGAGGUCGGUGAAGACACUUCAUUCAGCCGUCACAUCUAUGGGGAGAUCCAGGGACGAGCUACAAGCUGCGAUUGCAGCCAGAUCUCAGAUGCACUCUACAUGGCGCACCUUUCUUGCGGACAGCAUCACCAGGUUCCAAGCCUAUGGCCAAGAUUUUGCCACCCAAGAAGAGAAUUUGGUGGCAAGAAUCCAGGAAGCCAAGAAAGCCUUCGAGCAGGCAAAAGAGAACCUCAGUGUGGAAAAGGCCAAGGCCAGCUCCUUGGACACAUCGGUGCAGGAGGUGUCCGACGAGGAGACAGAGAUCAAAGAUGUGGUCCUGGCGGCUCCCGACAAGAUCACGGAGAGCCUGAAUCACCUUACCAGCAGCCUAGAAGGACUGCGUUCACAAGCUGCCGAUUUGGAAAAGGAGGAGCAGAAACACAAAAGGCCAAGACUGGCGGAAACCGAGUCCGCAAAGCCUGGCUCUGGCGGAAGCCCCGAUCUCCCAAAACUGUCAGAGUUGGAUUUCGUGAUGAAGUUCAUGGCAGUGACCAUGGUUUUCCUGGACGUGAUGGACAAGGUCCCAGAUCCUGCAGCUGUUGAUGGGGAACACGCAGAAUUUGGCAGUGAUGUUACCAUGCAGGAGAACGAUGCAGAGACCCCACCGGGUGAACAGUCUCCUCAGGAUGAUGGUCCAGAAGAUCACGACCCUAGGACUCCUGAUUCCAGUUCUUCAGAAUUGCCUCGUGAUAUUCUGACGCUGCUCAACUGCUAUAUCUACCGGCUGAAUCAUCCACCGCUACACCUGUUCCUGAACUACGUGGCUGGUGUUCCGCUCUUGAUUGAGCUUGCGCAUGUACUUCGGGUACCACGAGAGUCAUUUGUGGCGUCUUAUCCAGUAUGGGUACGCAUGGCUGGGCAAGCACAGGAGGAUUGGAGUAUCAUUGUACAACAUCUUGAUGACAUUCCUGCGGCAUCUACAGAACGAUUGGUGAUCCUUGACGUGGAGGUGCAUUUUCAACACAUGGUAGGACGAGUUCCAGCGUUUCCUGUCGCCAUUCGUCGUGUCCUUCGAGUACCACCUUUCAUCACUCGACACGAUGUUCUCAGAUAUGCGGGCGUCUAUCAAUAUUGCGUAGUUCAGCAUGACAGCUGUUUGGUCUACUUCAACAAUGAAGGUUUUGGGCCACUUCCCCCAUGUGUUUCCUUGCAAAGUUUUGAGAAUUGGCAUCGUGAACUUCGCGAAGCAUUUGAUGAACAUGCUCACAUUGAAAAUGAGGAUGAAGGGCACGCGUUGUAUGCUGAUUCUUUCACUUUGCACAUCCUCAUUGAGCAGAAUGUCAUGGAAGCCAAGGCAGCUGCAGUUGUGUCUAUGCACAUCCAAGAGCGCCUUGAGGACAAACUUUGGCAGUCGGCUUUCUCUUUGCCUCGCUGGGUUUCCACGGAGGACAUCAUAGAUGCGACGGAGCUCAACUUUCUUUGCGAAGUUCGCCGUUGUUUUGCCGUUUGUGGACGGAUGCAUUUUCAACGUUUUAUUCGUGAAGAGAUUGCUUCAGGAAUCAGCAUUGAGAUUUUCAGCCGACCUGUCCGAGAACAUGAAUGUGACCCUUCCGCCAGUAGCUGGCAAGACCCCUAUGUGCCUCGCAUGGUUCGAGCCACUUCUGGUCGGUCCCUUAUGCAACGAGCAGCACGUCAAAGUCGAGUGGCUUCUUCAGCUGUGGUUGACCCUUCUGCUGGUGUUCAGGAUGUGACGCAUCCUCGACUAGAAGCCCCUGCUGUGACAUUGCACUCAUUGGAUCCUGCUCAUGGGGUGCACUUCCAGAUUCUAUUAGUGCAACAGCCACAGCCCAUGCGUCGCGCGGUGCUCCUGGCAAUUCACGAUGAAACGUUGGCACAAGACUCACCAUACAGGUUUGCGGCUACACUUUCUAGCACCAUUGACCACUGGCAGAUCCUGGAUCUCGCCUACUACCAGCAGUAUUGUUUUGAGUGGUAUCAGUGGUUGUAUUGCAAAACCUUCCUUGGUGCACGUGAUCUUUCUGAUGGAGCUAUCUUGCAGGUUGAUGAUGGUAUGGGAUUUACCCUUCGGGUGAGUUCUCUGCAGGAACCUCCGCAGUUAUCUUUUGAUGCUGUUGAAGAGGAGCAAGCCGAUGGUGCUGCUUUCAUUCAGCUACACGUCGCCAAGCUGUCUCGUUGUGCGCACAGUUUGCUUGACCAGGCAGAAGAUCUGGACAGUGCUUCAGUUUCUUUGGCAAAUACAAUUUUGAUGGCAAAUUCGACUGAGGCUGAUUUCACCAGUUCAAAGCUCCAUGCACUGACACGAGCUACACACUUUGUCAUGAAGGAGAUGUUGGAGGCAUUUUGCGAUCCUCUUGCUCCCCCUCUUACGAGUGUAGGUGAUGCUCAAGAUGUAGUCCGAGAUUUGAGUUCUGUGCCUCCUAGGGUCAUACUGUCGUUGGAUGCUUGCUUGCCCAGUCCUUUGCCACCGAUAUCAACGGAUGGGGCGAUGCUGAUGCAUAGUGAUUCUCCGGAUUGGCAGGAUAAACUGCAGCAGGCCACUCUUCAGUUCACGUGGCUUCCAGAAGGCAUUCAGCUGCAUUCGUGCACUUAUGCGGCACUCUCUGAGCCUCAUCGUUUUUGUGAACCUCACUUUGCGAACCAAACAGUGUUGUUCAUCGAUGGGGCUGCCUAUGAUGGAACUGCAGCAUGGAGCGUUGUGUGCGUGCAGUUUGACUCCCAGGGCACCCCGGCGCUUUUGGGUACCAUUGCUGACAUAGUCUCAACAUGUUCAGCACACCCAACAUGGAUUGGCGCUGAUGUGGCCGACAACAUCUCAGCAGAGCUCACAGCUUUCAUUUAUGCGGCGGUGAUUGGAAUUACGGUCGAUUUUGGGACAACUCCUGUCAUUGCGCCUGAUCUCGAGCUGAGUGCGCUUCUAGCUGAACAUAGAUGCACUUCUUCAGCACACCCAUGCCUGGUGCAGUUGACACAAUGUUUGGGGUCAGAGUUUCUGAAAGCUGAUGGUACUGUUCAAGAAGUACGAGCUCAUCGAGGGCACCCUUGGAAUGAACUAGCCGAUGGUGCGGCCAAGUUUGUGCUUCUUACCGGCACUUCCAUUGGGCAAUGUCGGGUGCCAGUCUUGCAAGAUCUACUUCAUGCCAAUGAUGUUUCUUGGGCAUGGCUUUCUCAACAGACGACAGCGUUUCACCAUUGUUUGCCACCGUCACCCAGUCCUGGUCUUUGGUGUCUUACACCGCCAACGAAAGGUGAUGUCAAACCACCCAUGUCUCCAGAGAAGGGCAAUCCGGAUCAGCAAAUGCACUGGUUGAAACAGUUUGCCGCCGUUGAGGCUGGACAUGUUCUUUCUCCAGAUGCACUUCAACACCUGCACCAUAAAGGGCUUGGUCUUGAUCCUGCCAAACUUGACAAGGACGCCAUCCCUACCCUUUAUGAGUUGCAGAUGCAGAUCAAAAAACUCAAGAGGGGGCGUGUGACCGAACGAAUUGCCACCGGUACCACAGCGACCUGGGAAGGUCAUGCUGGUACCAUUUUUUCGUUCGAUGAACUCCAUGUUCCAGCGACUUUUGCAUGGUUUGAGAUUGCAUUCGUUGAUGAUUGUGCGGUAGCAAUGCGCGCACCGACCAACGAUUUGCUGGAAGGGUUGGCCAAAAUGGCCUUGCAGGCCAUUGUCAUUGAAGCGCGCAAGCGCGGCUUAUCUCUCAACUUCGAGAUUGGCAAGACGGAGCUCAUGGUGCAUUGGCGAGGUGCUGGGUCCAGAUCCUUUCGAGAGAAAGUUGCUGCGCAGGGCCAUACUUUGGCUGUGCCGGUUGAUGAGGAGGUGAUUGGUCUUCACUGCACUUUGGGCUAUAAACACCUGGGAACCUGGCUACAGAACAAUGCUGCUUCUACACGCGAUGCUCGAGCACGCCUGACUGAAGCACGGAAAGCCUGGGGCCCUUUGGUGCGUCCGGUGUUUCGUCGUUGCCAAAUCAAUGCUGCUACCAAGCGUCAGCUGUUUGAGUCUCUGGUGAUGUCCCGUUUGCUCUACAAUGCACACAUCUGGUCGAUGCUUUCAGAUGAAGAAUUCUCCAAAUGGGCGAAUGGUCUCCGCUCCAUGGUUUAUCCCUUGGUCCGCAGUGAACUUCGAGGAUUACCGCCCUUUCAAUUUGACGUUGCUACGCUAUGUGGACUAGCGGGACUUCUCACACCAGGCGAUGCUCUUCAUGCGGCGCGAUUACGGUAUCUUCGGCGCUGGAUUGUUGGUGCGCCGCCUUUAUUGUGGAAUUUGGUUCAUGCUUCAGCAUCUACUUCCUGCUCAUGGUUGUCUUCUUUGCGACAGUCCUUUGCGUGGUUUUCCACAUUCUAUGGUGCGCGUUGUGGCCUCACACAGGACUCUUCGCUGGUUGAUUGGUUUACAUUUGUGAAAAUCGAUGAGCGUUGGAAAGGGCGUAUCCGUCGAGCUCUUCAUUCAUGCCGCCAAUACCGGCGUCAAUAUGCCUUUGUGGAGGUAUGGAAGGCGUCAUUUGUGUCGCUGAUGCAGGAGAACGCCAUUGGCAUUUCUUCGAGUGAAGCUGCUCCGGUAGCCUGUUGGCGGUGCGAUCUAUGUUCUGAAGUUUUCCAGUCCAAACGGGCAUUGGCGAUGCAUGCGAGCAAGGUCCAUGGCUACAAAACUCUAGUCAAGCACUUUGCAGCAGAUCGUACAUGUGCUCAUUGCUGUCGAGAUUUUCAUAGCCGAGCACGCCUUUGUGCGCAUCUUCGUACAGCCGAUGAUUGCUUUAGCCGACUUCGUGCUUGUUUGCCUCCCUUGGCAAUUGAGGUGAUGAAGGAGAAGGAGGCUGAGGAUCGUGUCUUUGCCAAUGAUUUGAAGAGACAAGGAUGGGGUCCCACGAAGGCAAUGUGCCCCGUGGUUCGCGCUGUUGGGCCCGGUUUGCCGGCACCAAUGACACAGGAUGCGCACGACAUGUAUCAACGGUGGCUCCUUCGUGCUGGACCCGGCGAUCUUUCUGCGGUGGAGGCUCUUUCUGGUGCUUGCAUUGGCAAUGGAGCAGAGGCGCCAAUCGAGACGGAGGAGUCGAACGAGAUUGCAUUUGUCUACCAGUCCCCUGCUGGCGAUCUCACUGGCCGUGAUGAGAGUGGCAAAUUCAAGACUUCCAUUGCAAAGGUGUAUCCGCCGCAAUUGAAUGCAUUGAUGGCUGCCCCCGGCCCGAAGAACAAGCUUUCAGAGACAGACCGUCGCGCCCGGUGCCCGCUGCCGGGCCCCAAGGACUUUGUCAAAUUUGACGAUUUCUUGGCUGUAGCCAUCGAGGCCAUAUCGGAGAUGAUCUGCCCAAACCUGGCCGGAAACGGCCGGAAAGCCAAGCCUUGCCUCAACGAGGUGGAAUACGACCUCAAACAGGACGCACGGAUGGGAUGA